CAUCAGCCGAUGCUCUCUUUUUACAGCCCGCUCUCGACCGCGUCGGGCGCGAGCGUCCUGAGGAGGUGGCGCAGCAUCGAGGUCCUGUGGGGCCGUGCGAAGCAGACGGAGCAGGCGGGCGGCUUCCGGUACAACAGCGUGCUGCUCGUGCGCGACGACAACUAUUGGCUGACUCCGUACAUCUUCGACACCACGGACUUCGCGGCCCAUCCCAACUCAUUGAAGUCAAUGUCUUGUCUAGAGGCGCACGGCAUCAACGAUAAGAUGAUACAUCUCGGGCGGGAAGCGGUGGAGAAGGUUGGGAUGGCGUACCGAGCUUGGAAGGACAAGGCGCCCCCCUACGCCCUGCAGGACACCCGCAACGCCGAGGAGUUCCUCUUCAAGCUGGCGGCGGCUGGCGGCGUGGGCAUGCGGCCUUCUGGCUUCAAGUACGCCCUCGCGGCCACGACGGCCAGCGGGGUCCCGUGCUUCCGGAAGCAGACGUACAACCUGACGGGCAGGGGCGGCUACAGCGCCUGCUACGACGAGGCCAGCGAGAGUUCUCCCAUCACCAGGCUUUUCAGAUCCUUUAGUUGCGACGCCAUGAACCCCGCCUACUUCGACGCGCUGAAUAGGCAGGACGUGGCUGCUCUCAAGGGCGCCGUCUCUGAGGCGGCGGGUGCCGAGGAGGCGCCGAUCGUCUUCACCGUUGCGGACAGCGCCAGCGUCGACAGAGCCGGAAGGACGCUGCUGAGCCUGAGCAAGGCCGACCCGUCCACGAAGGCCGUGGUCGUGACACAGGAGCUCCAGUGUGAGGCAGUCAGGCGCUGGUCUUGCAAUGCCGUGUGCAUUGAGACGCGCGGGGCGAUCGACGGCUUCAAGUUCAAGCUCGCCCUGCUCACCACGGCGCUCAUGACCGGUGCAGCAAGCGGCAUCCUGUUCGCAGAGCCAGGUGUCGAGUUCCAGAAGGAUGCUAUCGCCGUGUUCGUGGAUGCCAGCAAGGGGCGCGACAUUGCUCUGGCCCCCACACAGUCUUGGUGCAAAGGAGUCGCCUCCAGCGGUGAGGUCACCGAUAGUCUUUUCUACGUGAGGGCCACGCCUGGAGGGUCGCACGCGCUGAUGCGGGCGUGGAUGUUCUUGGUCGAGGGGCCGCUCGCAGGAGGCCUUUAUCCUGGGGAGAAGGUCGUCUCGAAUAUGAAUUUCGAUCGUCUCGGGCGGGAGUUGAGGGUCGGCGACACUGGCUACGUCAGGGGCACGUCGCAGAAGGACGCCGUGCGGCUGGUCGUCGAGUUCGACGCGUUUGCGGACCUGACCGGCCUGGCCGUGCUGCCGAGGCAGGUCUCGCCCGCGGCCUCUGCGGCACUGAUGGCCCGUGCGGUGGCGACCUCUUCCGGCGUCCGGGGGGCGGUCACCUCCUGCGGCUGGCCUGGCUGGGAGCGCCUGCGCGAGGCCGCGUGA